UUGAGUAGCUUUACUUCUUGCGGCUAAAAUUGCGAUUCGCGAAAACAAAAAUUAAAAAACGAGUGCUCCGAUGGACGAUGAGCGAUAAAAGGUUCUCGACUGUGAAUCAGAGAUAACUCCAACUUAUCCAUAAUCAAAGUAAACAGGCAGAAAACCCAGUGAAGUUUCUUACGUAUUUGGUCGGAGCGGGCUCGGUGGUCGAAUCAAGCAGAAAACACAAAUUGUUUUUGUUGAGAGGUAGCAAGAAAUUAUGGAACUCGGCCCGUCUUCAUAAGCUCGAUAAUGAAGCGAGGUGAGCACCGACUGUCGAAAAAACUGCAAAUCUGAGAGUGAACGUUCUCCUCAGUCAUGUCUUCUGACGACUCGUCCUGCAACCCAGUGCAGCUCAUGGCCCAGGAUGCUUGCAAACCAGGGGCGUCUGCAAAGCGGGCCAAACGGGAACAGGAAUUGGCCAAAAGCACCAUUUUUAACGAACCUUCCGGCUCAUCAGGAGGCGGCGGAGAAGGUGCUCAGGAUUACGGAGGAUACGACAUAGUAAAAGCCACACAGUAUGGUGCCAUUGAGCGGUGCAAGGAGUUGAUAGAAGCCGGGCUUGACGUGAAUGCGCCCGACGCAGAGACGGUGACGCUUCUGCACUGGGCUGCCAUCAACAAUCGUCGAGAACUGAUCAAGUAUUAUGUUGGAAUCGGUGCUGUUGUUGACGCUGUUGGAGGCGAACUCCAAUCCACACCCCUUCACUGGGCAACGAGACAGGGCCAUUUGGGCUCGAUGGUGCUUCUGAUGCAGUACGGUGCAGAUCCGACCAUCCGAGACGGCGAAGGUUGCUCCUGCAUCCACUUGGCCGCUCAGUUCGGAUUCACAGCAAUUGUUGCAUAUCUGGUGGCCAAAGGCAUCAACGUCAACAUGCAGGACAAGACUGGCAUGACGCCUCUGAUGUGGAGCGUCUGCAAAAACCAAAACAGUCUUGAUCCGACUCGGUUGCUGUUGACAUUUGGUGCUUCAACUUCUGCGCAGGAGAAGCUUUUUGGAAAUACAGCUUUGCACUGUGCGGUCAUGGCCAAGAACGGCACUGCCAUCGGGGUUCUUAUCGAACACGGAGCCAGUCUAGAGAUUCCAAAUAAUCAGGGACUUACACCAUACAGUCUGCUUGUGAUAAAUAAGUCGUCCAGUUGGAUGAAUCCGAAGGUUCUUGAGAAAAUUCAUGAGAUGUCUGGAGUUCCUCGUCGCAACCCUUGCCGCAAAGUCAUUAAAGAUAAGAGAUUACGAUACUGGUGCAUGAUGGGCGCGCCCUUCCUGGCCUUCUACGCAGUCGGCGUCAUCCUCGACUUGGAGCUUCAGGCGUUGGCCAAGCUUGGCAUCCUGGUAGUCACGUUCAUCGCUUUCCACUUCAUCUCGGGGCUCUUGUUUGACGACCGCCUCUCCAACAUCCUGCCCAUGGCCAUCUACUUGGCCACCAAGCUGUGGAUGUACCUCAUCUGGCUGCUCUGGAUUGCUCCGGUCAUCUCGCCCAUCACUUCGCUCGCCUUCCUUGCAGGUUCUGGCGUGCUCUGGUUUGCAUAUCUGAGGACAUGGCGCGGAGACCCAGGCCUCGUCUCCAGUUCCAUGGAGCAGAAGUUCAGGGUGAUCAUUGAACUUGCGGAGCGAGAUGGUUUCGAGCCUCAGUGGUUCUGCAGUUCGUGCCUGGUGCGGCGACCCAUUCGCUCAAAGCACUGCUCGGUGUGCAACAGAUGCGUGGCCAAGUUCGACCACCACUGUCCAUGGGUCAAUAACUGCAUCGGAGCGCGCAACCACCGCCACUUCAUGCUCUUCCUCGUCAUGUUGCUUGUCAUGUGCAUUUUCAUGUUCUACGGCUGCGUUGCCUUCUGGCAGGUGCGAUGCCCCAAUGCUCUCUCUGCCCACGGAUUCUUAGCAGGUCUGAUGGGAGUUCUUAGCUGUGACACAUGGGUGGCCUGGAUUGCCCUGCAUGCGGCUUUUCAUUCCGUCUGGGUUGCGAUUCUUACCUGCUGCCAGGCCUACCAAAUCGUGUUCCUUGCAAUGACAACUAACGAACGGAUCAACGCAGGUCGCUACAAGCACUUUAGUGGCCAGAAAAGUCCCUUCCACAAGGGCCUAGUCCAAAACUUUGUCGAUUUUGUCGAAUGCCGCUGCCUUGGUUUCUGUCGGCCCAACCAGACGAACUGGAUGGAGCAAUUCGAGUUUGAGGCGCGGCCUGACGAAGCACCUCUGCUUGACGCAAAGGAGAAUUACCAGUACAUCUGAUUGUGCAAUUAAGUUUAAAGUAAAUUUGUUUUUAUUUUACUUUA